UUUGCUUAUUACAUUGGCUUAAAAUUGUCAGCACGCUGAUGGCCAUUAUUGAUGUAUGCGCUUUUUUAGUCAUACAAUGAAGGUUGCGGUGGGCGCCUGAUAGCUCUGCGGGAAAGCUCUUAUUAACUCCAUCCCGCAUAACUGAACACGUUCAGUGGUACUGGUUGCGUCGAUCAGGCCGUUCAAUAGCUGAAGACCACUAUGAUAGCGUCAGUAACUUUUGUCGUCGCCCUAUUAUCCUUGCUAACGCCGCCAGCCUGGUCGGCUCGUACGCUUGUACUCAAUGUCGGGGCAACGGUUGGACGUGACGAGCUCUGUGCAUCCAUAUAUGAUGACAUCGUUCUGGGAUAUCAGUACGUUUUCAAUAGGCUGGAGGAUCAGCCAACCAUCCUGCUUAACGACGUCAGCGGUCGUCAAAUCUCUUUGCAGUUGAAGCUCUGGCUGGCCUCGCAUGACUGCACUGACUCUGGUGCUGCCUCUGCUAUGCAAUCACUUAUUAACGGCAAGCCGCCGGAUCCUCUUAACGGCGUACCUGGCAACCCUCCUGUUCACGUGCUUUUGGGCGGCAACGGCAUCAACGCCAUGCAAGAUGCUAUACAGUCCAACGCCACGUCUCGCCUGUUGCUGCACUGCUGUACGGCGGACGACUUGGUGUUGAAACAAAGCCUGCCGUACGUGUUUAGCCUUCUUUCUCCUACCAGCAUGUCCCUACCGCCGGUGCUACGAACCAUGGCACUAAACGGCAUCAAGCGUAUUGCGGUUGCUUUCCCUGGCGAACUGGCAACGCACGCACAGCUUUGUCUGGGAGCACUCCAGCAGCUGACACAGCUUGGUGGGGUGAGGCCCGGCUUUGGAAGUGUGGUCGUGCUAAACUACACAGCAGCUGAGGCGGAGGCGACGGGAUUCUGGCAAGCCGCAGGAAGCCGCAUUUCUGAGGCCAACGCCGACGCGCUAAUUGUCUGUGACGAGCAGCAGCGUGCCUCCCAAUUAACGGCUGCGCUGGACACUUUGGGCCAUCACCUUUCCGCCGUCUGGCUAUCCGCCGGUGAUCACAUCCACGACCUCCCAACCCUGCUGAGCAGCAAUGCUGAGUACGCCCUAACCACCGUUCAGUGGUUGCCUGAUCUGCCGUACUCGGAUCCCUUUUUCGGCACUGCAGCCGAUUAUGCAGCAUCCUUAAAUGCGACGGGACAGGAAGCGACCCAAAUCAGCGCUGCUGCCUCCGCCAGCGUAUAUGUGCUGCUGUCGGCGCUGGAACAAGUCAUAUCCACCUGCGAUCUUGGCCUCAUCCCAGAAACCAAUCUUUCUGACAGUUUUAUGUGGGACAACGGCGUGCUAGGCUGCCCAGAUUCCAACAAUGUGGGUGCAGUCGUCAAAACCAAUGGUCAAGCAGCGCUGCGAGACACGCUGAACACCCUGACCCUGGACACCUUCUUUGGACGUGUCGGUUUUGACGCCCACCAUGUUAAUGUGCACCACCAGCCGAUUGUAGCACAGGUCGUGAAUGGAAAGCUGGUGGCAGUUUUGCCAUCCGACAUCGCAGACGUCCCUUUGGUCAUGCCUAUUCCCCGUUCCGGCGGCCACCGCAAGAAGACCGCCACCUUCAUUGUCAUCGUGACACUGUCCUGCUGCCUGAGCCUCGUGGUGGCGUGCCUGGUUGUGGCGCUGCUGCUGCGCCUGCCGAGGCGGAGCUCGGUAGCUGCUGGGACUGACAUAGACUAUGAGGGCAUCAAGGUUGACAUCCAGCCGGUGCUCUACAAGGACGGUACCUCAGAGCCGGGUGAAGGUGUCUACAGGGGAUCCCGGGUGACACUUGUGGUAGCCACGGAGCUGCUGCAGCAGCUGGCCACGGCUCAGGAUACGGCAGUUGAAGACAGGGAUGCCAGAACCCGGGUGCCCCCCAUACCACCAGCCACAAACAGCCCUACCACAAGAGCCACAGGCCUUGACGUGAUGGCUCGCACUACCGAAAACGUGGCGCCUGCUGGACCACUGUCUGCUGCAAUGCAGCAGCAUCACGUGCUGACCAUGCCUGAGACAACGGCGGGCAGUUCAGCAUCCUCAGUUAACCCAGUGCUGGGUUUCUUGAGCAGGCGCAGGAAGAAGGAGAUUUCUGCCGCUUUGUGGCGCGCCAUGCGCCUGCAGCACCCGCGCAUCUGCCCCAUCCUCGGCAUCGUGUGGGAGUGGCCGGGGCUGCUAGAAGGGGGCGGGUCAGCGCCGGUCAUCGUACGACAGUGGUAUGAAUUCGGCAGCCUAAAUCGCCUGCUGGAGAACGAGACGGUGCCGCUGUCCCUUGGGACCAAAGCCAAAAUCGCGCAGGGUGUCGUGGAGACGUUGAUGUACCUGCAAGCCCAGGAGCCGCCUGUCAUGCUGGGUUCCAUCCACGCCUCAAACAUCAUUGUGGACAAGGACUUCAACCCGCACCUGUACCUGCGCGUGACCGACCUGGACCCUGAGUGCGCACCCGAGGUGGUCCAACCUCCGCCUGCACGAGCAAGGUCGCGCAGGGCAAGCCUCUUCAUGCCCCAAAGCUCCGGCCCAUCCCAGCAAGGCAGCCGCCAUCCGGUCCAACUCCUACAACAAGCCAAGCUACAGCCCUCUCAGUCUUCGUUAAUGGACCUGAGCACCCAGAACACAACAGCAACCAUUGGGGCCCUUCCGCUUCAGUCCAGCCUGAUCCACACCAGUAGCGGAAACGUUGCUGCUGUCCCGCUGCAUGCCAUGAUCCGUCGUAGCAGCACUGCUGACUUCAGCACAAAGGAGGCAUCCACGUCAGCGUUCGGUGCUACCACGUUCUUGGAGCAGCACCUGCUGCCAAAGGAGCAGCAGUCCAUCAUCACCUUUGGGCUGCUGCUGUGCCGCAUCUUUGCAGUGGCCGCCUUCACAGGCAAAGAGCCCGGGCUUAAACAGCAGGCGAAGACGGAUUUCCUGUUGACUAGUGAUAUCGACAAACUUGUAACCGCAGCCCAGGGCGAAGUGCCUACAGUGCUGGAGGAGGCGGUUGUCGAGUUGACGCACGUAUGUGGUGCUUUGGGGGAGCUCGCACGGUCGUGCAUAACGCGUGCAGGGCAGCUUACGUUCAGUGACAUCCUAAGGACGCUUGAGGAGCAGGUUUUCCCCGCGCUCACGGCUACCAACAGAAAGUCACAGCAGUCCAGCAGUCAGCAGGCUCUGCUUUCUGCUUCGGAGCAGUCGAAGCUUGGCAAGCUUCUAACUGCUUUGGCAAGCGUGCGACUGGGUCGGCAGCAGCAGUACUCGAUGACAGGUGAGGAGGACUUUGGCAAGCGAAAGCGGCCGGGGAGCUCUGGUGGGCGCACGGCGGCGGCGGCCAAGCAUCCAAGUCCAGCACCGCCGGUGGAGGCCAGGCAGCUGUCAGUACCCCGAUGGAGCAAGCUUGGAAGGACUAACCAUGUCACACGGGAUGACCUCCUCUUCGACAUCUUUCCUCCCAAGGUUGCCAGCGCGCUGCAGGCGGGAGAGGCGGUGCAACCAGAGCGCUACGAAUGUGUCUCCAUCUUCUUCUCAGACGUGGUGGGCUACACGGACCUGUGCAGCCAGCUGCAGCCCAACGAGGUCAUGGAGCUGAUGCAUCGCCUCUACUCGCGGUUCGACGAUAUCAUUCGCGAGCUGGACCUGUUUAAGGUGGAGACGGUGGGCGACGCCUACCUCGCGGUCGGCAACCUGCGCUACCCGCAGCCCGACACCCACGCGCGCCUCAUCACUCGCUUUGCCUUCGCCGCCGUGGCCGCUGCCAACUCCCUGCCCAUCCACCCGGGCCGCCCCGAGCUGGGCUGCGUGCACAUCCGCGUGGGGCUGCACUGCGGGCCCGUGGUGGGCAGCGUGGUGGGCACCCUCAACCGGCGCUACUGCCUGUUCGGGGACGCGGUCAACACCGCAGCGCGCAUGGAGCAUAACAGCGAGGCGGACCGGGUGCACUGCAGCGCGGCGUUUGCGGCACUGCUGCAGGAGCAGUGGCCGGAGGGGGCGCUGGUGGACAGCCGGGGUGUCCGGCAGAUCAAGGGCAAGGGGCCCAUGGAAACCUUUUGGGUGGAGGAGAGGCCGCCGGUCAGCGGGUGUGAAGUUGUGGCGGAGGGUGAUGCCGAUCCAGAGAUUGUGACGGCUGGAGAGGGCUGCUACACAGCGGCUACUUACCGUUCCGGUGGCGUCAACACCCGCUUCCCCGAAAGCGCAGAUGCCCUCUACGAUACCUUUAUGGUGUAAGGUCAGGUGCACGGCCUUUGCAAUCAAACCUUCUUACCGGUAGUGAGGAGAGGCCGAGGGCCAGCGGUGGCGACUGGUCAAAGUUACAAAAAUAAGGAAAGGAAUCGCUACAGAGGGCAGCACAGUGACCACCUACCCUGCUGCUGCCGGCUGCAAUACCAGCUCCGUGUAUGUGUUAUGUAUGUGUAUGGUUGGGCGGCGCACCGUACAACAACCUUCUUGUUAUGGUGUGGUACGGGAGCCAACUAACAAAAACAAUUUCACCCAGAGUAUGAGCGAUUGGCUGCAAUGCAUGUCACAGUGUUGUUGACGUGUAUCGGACUAGCAUUUUCGCGUUUGAUACCUAGGUACCGGUAGUCCCGCAGGCUUUCCUACUUCACAUGCGGUAGCCGCUAAUACUAUUGUCGUACGCAGAUCGCUCAACAAUUCGAUUACCUUUGGAGUUGGCAGCAUCUCUCCCUUUCAUAGUUGUAGCCUACAACGUGUACUGUGUACUUGGUUGCGAGUGUCUUACUGGAUGCCAUGUGACGGUGUUCAGGCCAUGACAGCCAUUACCAUGCGGCCUUGCGUUUUAUGUUGUUAUGACCAUUGUUACGCAACUCGGAUGACGGUAGCUAGGCGCACGAGGAAGCGGGGACGAAGUAAGGAAACUACAAUUUUCAAGUGCCUUGUUGCACUCUUGUUUGUCACACGUCUAGACUCAUCAUCACAGGGUUGACAUGCUCAUGCAUGGGCUGGACUGCUGGCAUGUUCUAUGCAUGGUUACAUUCAUCCAUCGCAGGGUAAUUCACAACGGGUCCAUUUAUGUCAUAGACGUGAGGUGUGCGAUAACGCCUUAUUACGGAUACUGGGCGCGGGGAAUCCGCAUUUGCCAGCUAUGCGCUGCAUGUCAGUCCUUGCAAUAAUAAUAAUAAUAAUGGUUACGCCGGGCGUAGCCCUGGCGUGUGUUAUGGGGGCGAGGCACUGAAGGGUAUUAUCCCUUGUAUGCCAGCACCACCGGCGGGGUUAGGUGGUGUAGGUAGGGAUUACCCGUCCCCUAUAGCAGGGGGGUUUGUGCCCCGUUCCAGGACACGACGGCAUAGGACAAUCCUGUUAAGGUGGUGGAUGGCAUGGUGGUGCAGGGUAUCGCAGCAUGAGGAGGCGUGUCUGGGGGCCACCCCCAUGGCCAUUAGGGAUUUCCUCAGGUCGGAGCGGAUGGUGCCGGCGAAUCCCAGGCUGAUAGCCUCCUGUGGCGAGUACUGGACAAGCCAUCCGUCCUGGCGGAGGAGGGCCGCAAGCCUGUGGUGCUGCGCUGCCUUUUGGUGUUGUUUCUCCGCGUGCCGGAGGUCUCCAGUGUAGCCUAUUCCAAGGAUAUAUAUAGUGUAGCCAUUUCGAUCUUGGGGGCGUUUUUGGCCAGCAGUGUGUGCUUUGUGGGCUUGCAGGCCCUUCACUAGGAGGAUGUCUGGCCGCAAUUUCUUCCAUUCCUC